UCCGCCGCGGUGGCCGUGGCCCCGCCACCGAGAACCGCCGUGUGGGGCUGGCCUGAUUUGGAGCGGCAACCCCCGGCGUGGCAACGACGCAGCCGCCAGCCGGCGGAGGUAAGGGAAAGGUAACAUGUGCGGCCAGGAGGAGGCUGGAGGCGGUUGUAACUUCCACGCGACUGCAGCAGCCAGCAGGCGUGCGGCACGAGUCGCGUAGCCUCUCGCGUUCGGCCCGCCGGCUUCCCCUCGGCCGCGCGCGAAUCUUCUCGACCCGUCCAGCCAAGAAACCCAAUCCAGUCCCAUUCCGCCAUGGCUGUCCUUCGCUAGCUUCUCUGUUCUCUCCCCCCGCCUGCCCGCCCGCGGGUAUAUAAUCCCCCUCCUCCGGGCUUGCUUCCUUCAGCAACCAUCCAAUCCAACCACCACCUGACCUGAGCAAGCGCAAGCGACCAACGCACGCAUCGAUUUGAGCAAACUUGGGGACGACAGCAAUCUCCCUUCAGUUCCGUUCCGUUCCGUUCCAUGGACAAGGUGCUGGCGUUCUCGAUCCUGAGCGCGUCGCCGGCCGACAUCUCCGCGGGCGCCGGCUCCGGCGGGAGCUGGGCGCGGCUGUCGUGGCGGAGGUGCGCCGACGACCAGCAGGCCGCCGCCGCCGCCGUGGCGGGACGACAACGGGAGGAGCAGGAGGAAGACAAGGACAAGCGAGGCUCGUGCUCCCGCUCCCGGGGAGGAGGAAGAGCGGCUCCUGCGGCGGCGCCGCGGUUCGCGCCGGAGUUCGACGGCAUCGACUGCUUCGAGACCAUCGUGUCGCACUGAUUUCAACCAAUCAUCACUACGGCUCGGGAGACGCACGCACACGCCCUUGAUGAGUUGACCUCGUCGUCACCAUUGAUUAUUUUUUCUUCAACAUAUUUUUAUAGACUCUGAUCUGACAUCUGAGGAUGCAGAAUUGCUGAUCGAUCGAUCCAUCGAUGGAGCGAUCAGCGUGUGUGUGUGUGUGUGUUCAUUGUCUCAACAAUAGCGUAAUUGAGACCGUGUGUUGUGUAGGCUAGUACUCACUUAUCAAGAGGAACAUUGUUAUUCUCCUCUGCAUUCUUAUGUAACCACUAAUCAAUUUUGUGUGCACAGUUCAUCGAUCCCUCUCGCAACCGCA